GGUAAGAUUAAUUGUAAGGCAACUCUCUAAUAUUAUUUCUUGAACGUCAAUCGUCCCAAGUGUUCAUCUUUAAGUUUAUUUCGUUCGUUUUACCAUUUGUUUAAUUUUUUCAAUGCCAGUUAAUCUUCAACCUUCUGUUGGUACUUCUGGUAGUCUCAGGAAAGAAAAUUCAAGAGGAGAGGGCACGAGAAGGAUGCCGACCAAUUCGCGACCUCCCCUAUCGCAUCGGAUACGGGCAUCAUUUGAAGGAAGGAAAUCUCAUGAUUCUACCAGUCCUAAACAUGCGAGCUUCUCCGGUAGCAGUCCAACAGAUCCGGAACUCCUCCGACGGAUAAUCGAUGAAGCUAUCUCUGGAGAGGUCUUCCAGGCUGGACUUGCUUCACAUAUAGCCAAAUUGCUCAAGCCCGAGAUCAAAACGGCUUUAGAUACAAUUGAGCCAGUUGUCAAUGCAGUUCUACAACAUGAGCUACUCUUGAAGAGAACCAACAACAGCGUGGAUCAUGUUUUAUUGAAGUUGGAGUCAAUGGCAGAUGACGAGGGAGCAAUGACUCCAGGCCAAGCACGACUUAGUUUUCACGGCGCCCUGACUUCACACCCGAUAGCAGAAGAAGGGUCACUGCCAAUAUCAGAGAAUUCGGUCUCUGGAACUGGUACACCUGUUUCCGUUUCCAAUCAGGAAUCAAGACCCCUCUUCAACCGAGGCCUCACAUACACAGCCGGAAAAUUAAAUGAAAUAUCGGACUCUUUGGACUUGAAUAACCAUAAACUAGGGAAGGUGGUCGAAGGAAUAGCGGAAAUAAAUAAUCUAUUGACAUCGAACGAACGCUUGGAUAGUUUGAAGGAAAGCUCAGACAAGAAUGAUACCAAGACUUCGGUAAUACAAACGCAAAUAGAUCAACUGCAGGAGAAUGUUAGGGUAGUCAUUACUCGAAUUGGUCCGGAUCUAGGAAUAAAUGUAAAGGCUAUCAAUGAUCAUCUGACUGGAGAAACGACGAUUCAAGAGACGAGGGCGGUGGCUUCCAAUGGCAGUGGGGGUGAUGUUGAGCUUCUUCAAGCCAUAUCUUCCAAAUUAGAAGCCUUGAAGGAUAGCUUGGAGACAGGAACUUCGUCACAUAAUGAUAACUUGGGACUAUUGAAGGAACAAAUCAAUGCUCUACAGUCAACACUCGACGCGCAGAAAGAGAUAUUAGGGGAGAUUAAGGAAGCUGAUAAUAGCACUGAAGUUUUGGCUGGUAUACACAAAUCAAACGAGUCACAUGAAGCGCAUGCCACAAUUUUGGGCGAGCUCAAAGAGAGAAGUACAACACUUGCGGAUUUAUCAACUCAACCGGCUCCCACAUCAGCAGACGCGGAAACACUCCAAACAAUCUUGAUAGAAGUACAGAAAUCCAACGAGGCACAUGAGAAACAUACAGCUGCGCUCGAGAGUUUGAAGGAAUCGGAUACAAAUGCAGUCAUAUUAGCGGAAGUUCAAAAGUCGAACGACUUGCAUCUUUCGCAUGCAUCUGCUCUAGAAAGUCUCAAAAGUUCCACUCCACCACUAGAACAAACCACCGCAAUCGAUCUAGGAAGUUUCGAAACUAAGAUGGGCAGCUUAAUAGAAACAAGCACAGCAAUUCUUACGGAAGUUCAAAAAUCAAACGAGUCACAUGUUUCACACGCAGCUGCAUUGGAAAAUAUCAAGGCCCUACCAACUCCACCUUCUGAAACUGAAACUGCAAGUGCAAGUGUUGAUUUGGGAGGCUUGGAGAAGGAUAUGGGAACUAUUAUUGAAAAGUUGGACUUGCACGCUGCUGUUCUAGAAGAAAUCAAGACAAAGGAUACUCCCGGAGCCGGAGUGAUUGAUGCUACUGCCUUUGAUGGCCAUUUUGGUUCCAUUAAUACUCUCUUGGAAAGACACACAGCGGCAUUGGAUGAGAUUAAAUCGAUAGAUGCAGGAGGUAGUACGGAUUUUAGUCCAAUAACUGCCUUGUUAGAAGCUCACAGCGCAACAUUGGAGGAUAUCAAAUCGAGAGAUUUAAAACCUGCUGAUUUUGGUCCAAUCGUAUCGAUGCUUGAAGCACAUACUGUGGCUUUGGAAGAAAUCAAGUCGAAAGAUCCGGGAUGUAAUCCAGAUUUCAGUCCAAUAAGUGCCUUGUUGGAAGCUCAUACUGCAACCUUAGAUGAAAUCAAGGCCAAGGAAACUACAAACAGUAUUGAUUUAAGUCCAAUAACUGCAUUGCUAGACGCUCAUACUGCCAGCUUGGAUGAAAUCAAAUCGAAAGAUAUGACAGCUGCUGAUUUCAGCCCAAUAACUGCAUUGUUGGAAGCUCAUACUACAACCUUGGAGGAUAUCAAGGCCAAGGACAGUGCAAACAACGUUGAUUUAAGUCCAAUUACUUCGACUCUGGAUUCUCACCGUGCAGUUUUAGAUGAGAUUGUAUCAAAGGAUGUCCAAUCUAGUGGUGUACCUGCGACAAUCAACAUGGAUGCCUUCGAUACACAUUUCGGUUCAAUCACAGGUAUACUAGCAGCACACACAGCCGCAUUGGACGAGAUCAAGUCCAAAGAUAGUCCUUCCAAUGCUUCGCUGCCUGCAGAAAAUACCAUUGAAAUCCUCGACAAACAUUUUGGUUCUAUCAUUAACAUGUUGGAAGCACACACUGCAGCACUGGAAGAAAUUAAGGCAAAGGAUUGCACGGCGACUACAGGACAAACGGAGUUGAACACAGCAGCAUUUGAUGAUCACUUUAGUUCUCUGGCACGCAUGCUAGAUUCACACACAGAAGCUUUGGAUGAAAUCAAAUCAAAGAACAAUGAUUCCACUCCGCCUACAAUAUCAAGAGAUAAUAUUGGCCUCGAAUCAUUCGAACCACAUGUUACGGCGAUUAAGAGUGCACUCGAUGCUCAUAUGGUUGUGCUGCAAGACAUAAAGUCCGAGGCCCUUGCCAAAAAUGAUAUGGAUGCAAUGGUGGUAGACAAUUUGCUGGAACCACACAUCAUAGCUAUCAAAAAUACAUUGAAUGCACACACAGAAACUCUGGAAGAACUUAAAUCCAAAAUUCCUACUAACACCACAAAUUCAUUCGAAAUUGCCAACGAUGCUUUACCUAGGAUCUUGGAUACCCUUAAUAGCCACACCGAUCUACUCACAGAAAUCAAGAAUUCAGAUGUUAGUGACGAGAUUUUGACAGCAUUGCAUGAGCUGCAGGAAGGCAAUUCUUCAGCUUUCAAUACCCUCAAGGAAUCAGAUGUCAGUGAUGAGAUACUUACUGCGUUGCAUACAUGCAAUGAUUCACAAGAAAAGCUGGAUAGAUCACUACUUGAACUCCAAACAGUAGUGAAUAACUCUAUUUCCUCCGAACAGAAUAGGAACAAGUCCAUUGAUACUGCUGAAGUAGUCCAAGCACCGAUUGCUGCUGUAGAUUUGAGUGGAUUGGAGACUCAGAUUAGUGCCAUUAUUGCAACUCUCGAAGGCCAAAAUGUGGUUUUAGGUGAGAUCAAGGAUACUACUAAUGCUGGAAUGGAAGCACAUGGCUUGCAUAUCACGACUCUAGGUGAGAUCAAGGAUGCCACUAGUGCCUCAAAUGAUUCUCACGCAGCCCAUGUGGCAGCUCUUGGAGAAAUCAGAGAUGCAGCUAAUGCUUCAAACGAAUCCCAUGACGCCCAUACUUCUACACUAGGAGUCAUCAGAGAUGCAGCAGCCUCCUUGAGUACUGCACAUGCCGCCCAAAUUGCUGCUUUGAUUGAAUUGAAGCAAGCAAUAAACGCCUCUAAUGAAUCUCACAAUACUCACACCAGUACCUUAGCAACGAUACGAGAUGCAGCAGUCAGCUCGAAUGACGCAAUUCUCUCUCACACGACUACUCUUAGUGAGCUCAAAGAAGCAAUCAAUGCAUCGAAUGACUCUCACACUUCUCACGCCGCCGCUUUGACAGAUCUGAAAUCCAUUCAUCCAACACAGUCACCGCCAGAUGAUACGUCUGAGUCGACAUCACCACCAUUCCUUGAUACAAGUGCACUAGACACCCAGCUCACAACUAUCAUUACAACGCUUGAAUCUCAAAAUUCUACUCUGGGAGAGAUGAAAGGUGCUCAUGAAUCUCACACAACAACUUUGAAUGAAAUCAAGGACGCAACAGCAGCAUCAAACGUGUCACAUACUUCACACACGACAAUUUUGAGCGAAAUCAAAGAAACAAUUGCUCCUAUUCGUGGCAUCAAUGAGGUCAUAAGCACACACACAGGUCUAUUGGAAGGUCUGAAAGAAGACACUGGAUCACAACAUAAUGAGGUGAGAAGUGAUAUCGAUGGUUUAAGGAACCUUGUAGACGAAAAUUCCAAUAAACACGAGGAAAGUCUGUCAAAAUUUGGGGAUUUAAUCAGGGAGCAUGGCGACUUGGUUAAAGACAGCCAUGAUGGGUUGAAGGGAACGAUCGCCGGACUUGCUUUGGGUGGAAUUGCCGGAGCGGGGAUCAUGAAAGCUGUGGAUGAUGGGGAAGAUAACGAUGGCGAGGUAAGUGAUGUAGUAGAGCGGGAUGUGAAAGUGCCGGAAGCUCCAGUCGAAGAAGACAAGGUUAUUGAGGAAGAAUCACCAGCAUUGGAGCCCGAAGCACCUGCGGUGGAAGAUCCAGCUCCAGAGUCUACAGAACAAACUCCGGAACUUCCAGUCGAAGAACAAGUUCUGCCUGAACCAGAAGCACAGUUAGAGCCCGAAGUGUCUAUGGAAGAAGAGAAGACCGCCAGUGAGGAAACGCUAGUAGAGCCAGAGCUAGAACCGAAAGUUAUCUUGCCAGAUCCUGAGGAGACGGUCGACGUCAACGAAGAUUCGGACCCUGCACCAGUAGACCAGGAACCGGGGCCAGAAGCUAUUGACAAGGAAUUUCCAGCCGAGGAGCCGACACCAAUCGAAACGGAGGCUCCAACGCAGGAGGCUGUCGUUGAAGAGCUGAUUCCAACAGAGGAAAAGCCGGAACCAGCUACCUUGGAAACCACGGAAGAAACACCAGCUAUCGAAUCCCAAUAUACUGAAAAAGAUCUCCCUGGCGAAGAAACAAUCCCUCAAGGGGAAGCUGAGCCCAUAGCAACCCCCGAAGAUUCCUCUGAACCAAACCAAGGAAUUGAAGUUCCAGCAAGUAUUGAAAAUCGGGAGCCCGAAGCUCUUGAGAAGGAACAAGAAAUUGAAGUUACCACGCCAAAUUCGGUUGAACAAUCGGAUUUGGUCCAAGAUACUACCGAAGAGGAAGCGCCUCAAAUACAAGAAAUAGAAGGAGAACCAAUACCUGGAGAGGACGAUGUCACAGAACUGUCUAAGGACGAAUUGGAUCCCGAAAGAGAGCUUGCCGUUGAGGAGAUACCUGGUGAGGAAGAGGCUGUUGCGAUGGAAGGGUCUGAGGAGGAAGCAGUUGAUGAGGGCGAGAGAGCUAAAGUACAGGAAAUUGAAGAUCUAGGCGAUGAUGAUUUGAAAUCCACUGAAGAAAUAGUGCCGGAUGCUGUGGAGGAAGAGAAAUCAACAGAAGACAUAGCUCCAGAAAAUGUAGUCGAGUAUGUGAACCCAAGCGAGGAAGCUCUACAGGCCGGAGAAGAUAAACCUGUCGAUGAACCAAUUUCACAGGAGUCAGAUGUGAAUUUGACUACCGACUUACAACAUACACUUCCUGCAGACGAAGAAGAAAAGCUGCCCGAAAUCAAGGAAUCUAAUGAGCCAAGUUUGGAGGAAACAAACAUCGAAAAUGCUAGCCCAGAGGUUUUGAUAGACAAACCGACGGACUUGGAGGCGACUCCACCUUUGGAAAUAAACGAACCUGUUCCGGAGACUGAGCCAGCCAACGUAUCUGGUUUUGCAGAUCCGUCAGUGGAAACCGAAGAAAUACCCAUUGUUCCAGAUCACGAUGUCGAUAGUCAUACUCAAGUACCCGAAGCAAGCGGUGAAGUUUCCGCGGAUGACUUAGAAAUUCCUACAGAUUCUGAAGUCAUUGAGCCGUUCAAUGAAGAGCAAAAAGUUGAUGAAGAAACCGAGAAUGAACGACUGGCUGAACAUCCGAUCGAUCCCCAAGAAACAAAUCUGAAAAAUGAGGAUCGAGAGCCUAACAAUGAGGAUAUUCCUAUCGAGAACGCGGAGAGUGUUGCUGAACCAUCGAAAGAGGAUAAGUCUUCAGAAUCAGUUGCGGAGAUCGAGACACCGCACUUGGAUUCAAACGAUCAAAAUGAAGGUUCUGCCGAGGUAGAUACAAAGGAUUUGGAAACAGAAGCUUUGUAUCCCAGCAAGGAAGAGACACCAGACCAGACAGAGGAAGCUGUAGAGCUCUCUAAUGAUCAAAGUAAUCCCAGCCCUAUUUUUGAAACCGAUGUACCCGUUUCGGAGAUAGACGACCAAGAUGAAAAGCCUGUUGAAGUUGAGGCGAGGGAUUUGGAAAUGGAAGAUGGGGAACAUCACAGCGAUGAGGUACCUGAAAAAUCUGCGGAGAAACCCUCACAAACCUUACAGGAAGAAAGCGAUUCUGAACCGGUUGUCGAAACCGAGACAUAUGUUCCUGAAUCAAACUCUCAUGAUCAAAAUCCAAUUGAAAGCGAAGAGAAACUAGCGGAACUUCCUGUUAAUCAACUUGUCACUGAGGAGAUCUCUAGCGAGCCCAGAGAAGACUCUGAGACCUUACAAGGGAAAAACAUUUCACAAUCACCUGUCGAAACUGAGGAACAUAUUCCCGAGUUGAACACUUACGUCGAACCUUCAGUUGAGAACGAGCAACCCCCUAAGGAGCCUGAGGACAGCGAAUUUGUUGUCAAGGAACCUGAAAACUUCGAAGACUUGACCCGAUCUGUCGAAAAUGAAGAAGAGACUUUCGAACCAGAAAACCAGGUAUCUAGGAGUGAGAACACACCACUCGAAACCGAACAAACGGUUCCUCGAGAAAAGACUCCAGUUUUAAAUGCUGAAUCCGAGAUACCGGCGUUUGAGUCAGAUGAUCAAAUGCAAAUCCCUGCUGAGAAUGAAGAGAAGUCUAUGGAACCCGCUCUUAGUGAGCCAGAAGCCGCAGGUUUGGAAAUUACAGAGCCACAAGUGAAUAAUGAAGCUCAGAUCACUGAAACAUCGCCGCAAGAUACUGUUGAGGAGCCGGUGGUUGAGAAUCAAAUUCCUGUUGUUCCAGAAUUGAGCAAUGAGACUAGAGGGGUCACCGAAGAUCAUGAAACUCUUGAAACAGCAGAGCAACAAGCUGUCGAGGUACCUGUCGAAAAAUCAGUCAUUGAGAGCCAACUUGAACUCUCCAACGAAGAUAAAAGUAUUGAGGACAAUGCAUCAACAGAAAAUACCCCCGAGCCAGAUGUCGUGGACAAACAUAUUUCUGAUGGGUUUGGAUCAAGCGAAGAAGGACAAAUCGUAACCGACCAUGGAGACGAACCUCUAUCAAAUGAGAAAGAGAUUCUUGAUAAUUAUCAAGAAGAAUCGGUUCCUGAAAACGGAUCAACUUCUGAGAGUGUAAUUCAUGAAUAUUCCAGAGAUAUCAGAGAUGCAGACCAACCAAUGGAAAUUGAUGAACAGGUUGCGGAUACAAGCGGUCAAGAUUCAAAUCCUCAAAGCCAACCAACAUCAGAGGUAGCCAUCUAUGAAGAUCCUGAAGAUAUCAAAGCCCGUGAGGAAAUUGCUGCUUUGAACGCGGAGAUGGCUAAAAUAUUAGCUGAAGCUGAGGAGGAGGAAAGGAGAAAUGUUCCGGUAGAGACGGAAACAAUUUCCGAGGAUGAACCUAUGGAGCCGGAGGUCGAAUAUCAUGUCGAAGAACCUAUUGAUGUCUCGGAUACACAGCCACUGGUCGAAAGCCACGAAAUCCCCGAAGACCGAACUGAGAAUGAGCAUGCGCAGGAAGAAGUGACUGAACCGGAAGAAGAGCAGAAGUUUGCUGUUACUGAUGAGGAGCGCUCAAACGACACUAGCACAGAAGAACCUCUGGAAAGCCAUGUUGUGUCCUCUACCGAUUCUGAAGAGCAUAUCAUGCCCAUAUUACCAGAAACCAACGCCAUCGAGUCUACCAAUAUUUUACCUGCAGAUAAAUUGCAUCACGUCGAGGAUACUAUUCCGGUCAACUACGAGGAUCUUAACGAGAGCCAAAAUCAGAUUACAGAGGAUGGAAAUAUAGAUGAAAAGCCUUCCGUGUUCUCUUCCGAAGAUGAGAAAAUAGAUCUUGGAAUACCGUCCAUAGCCGAGCAACCUGAGAUGGAAGUUGUGAGCAAUGAAAGUGCACCUAUGCAAGAUAAAGCUUUAUCUAGAGAAGAAGUAAAAAUUCCGGACAUGGAAUUGCUACCCUCUGAAUCUCACAUGGAGCCCGAGACGGAAAACCUUGAGGGCGCACACUUAGGUGACCAUGUUGUACUUCCUUUGGACAGCGAGGAAGACAAAUCUUUGUCUAUCCAAACUGAAUUUGAAUCAGAUCCUAGGGAGAUAGCACCAGAGGGACAAAAUCUGGAGGGAGAAAUCAAUCCUGAACAAUCUUUCGUAGAAUCCGAACAGGAAAAUCCAAAAGAUGAAAUGACAUUCGAAGAUUACCCUGUCGAAGAAAGUUCGAUUCCGAAGUUGGAUUCCAUUAAGGAAAGCACAGAGGAUCCAGAAAGUGGAAACGAGGAAAUAGAGAAUGGCAGUCCUUCAGUAGAGCAUCUCGAGGUUGUAGAAACAGAGCCAAGUCCUGAGGAGCACCUAAAAGAGCUCGAAUCCAUAGAUGACGGAGAUUUCUACCCCGUAGAGCCUGAAACUGACCGAGAAGAUUUCGAAGACCACAAAGAAUUAGAAGCUAAUACUGUGGUUCCUGGAAGUCUUGAAUUCGAAACGAUCGACAAUAGCGAGCCGGAUGAAGUACAUGAUAUUUCCGAUGGAAGAUUGCAAGAAUUAGAGCAUGCAGCGGAAGCUCAAUCAACUACGUCUAAUCACGGAGAAGCUGCAGAUACCGAAGAAAAUUAUCAUGACAGCGAGCCGAGUCAAGAAGAAAUCGCUUCCGAGAUUCCUCUCCCAGGCCCAUCAGUUCAAGAAGGGCAAUCUAUCCUAGAGGAAGAGAAAAAUCCUGCUAUUAAACAACUUCCAGCCCAAAAUGACAUGGAACCCGAAAGCCAUCAAAUGUCUGAUGAUGUCUUUCCAGUCAAUAAUGAAGGUGUCAAUAACAGCUUCCAUGUUCCAGAUGAAGAUGAGCUAGAGUUGACGGACGAGCCAAACUCUAGAGAAGUUCCAGUUUCGUUUGACACCAAGCACACAACAGAGAAUAUUGUUCCUUCCGGAGUCACAGAUAACUUAAAACUCAAGGAUACCGAAUCAAUCUAUUCCCAAGAAAAUGAGCCAAUGAUCGCAACAGGGCACUACAGACAAGAGAGAGAAGAGUUUUCUGACCCGACAGCCACAGGUCAACAUGUGGCUGCCGAGCAAGUAGAACCGGAACAAGAGUUAGAAGCUAGACACUUUGUUCCCGAAACUACCCCAACUCACGAGACCCAGCUCAGUCAGCCAGAAACUUCAGCGGAGCAAAGGUACACAGGUUAUGGCUACGACUAUGAAGAGCCUACUCUAAAUACACAAACUUACUCCGACUCGGAAGAUGAUAUCGAGCCAAUUCAGUCGGAACAAACGAGUUCUCGCUAUGAAUCAAGGGGCUCUUACCCCUACCAAGGAACCAGCUUUAGUAGAUCUAUACCACAACCAAGAUAUUCAAGCUAUGAAGAGCCCCCUCACGAUUCACGAACUUUCUUCAACGACCAAGAUGACAACCAGUAUUUGAGACCAAUGCCUACAUACUCUAGCUCAAGCUAUUCUCAAGAAUACCUCUCAGAGUCCCAUCCGACUCAAGAAAUCCACUAUAACGAGUCUGAGCCUCAACCGAAUCAACCGAGAACGCCAACGGACCAAACAACCCAUGAGGAUACCAUCCCACCCACUCCUCCAACAGCUUUAACUACGAAGAUGUCUACAGAAACAUUCCCUACAUAUGACGAGUCCCGAUCGGUUUCCCAGGGUCUAAAUCUUGGCUUACCGAUAAGAGGAGCAGAACGAGUUGGAACAAUUCGCGAAAGUCCUGAGCCUACAUAUCCUUUAUACAAUGAGCCAAUGCGAUCUCCCGCACAAUCACGACUACCAAUCACGAGCCAGAGAUCAUCGGAUAGUAUGCGUAGGAGCCAUAGUCCUGAAUUGAGAAAACAGAGCAGUUAUUCUAGAUAUGCACAUGAUGAGCCUGGAUUAGGAAAAUCUUUGGGAUCUUCACAAGGGUUCAAUUUUGGUCUUUCACCGACGAAAAUUCCAGGUUCUAUUGGAAGGUCCAGCAGGAUACCUGAGGUCGGAAAUGAGUAUGGUUAUUCAAAGACUACAUAUGAGGAGCCAGUGCGUUCUUUAGGGACUUCGCAAGGAUCUAGAUUCAGUCUACAGAGUACGCAUUCAGGUAGAGAGCCUUUUGAGGAAAUUCCAGAACCAGGUAAUGGAAAGAGGAGUAGUAAUGUGAAAAAUCUGUUGAGUCGAUUCGAAAGUGGUGAAUCCUCAUCUUCAACGCCUCCGCAACAAGAGCGUUUCAGUAUCCCGACAUAUCAAGACCGUUUCGGCACUUCUCUUCCUCGACCUGCUGAUAACAGAUCGGUCGGGAAACAGCCUCAAUACUUGCAAGAAAGCCAACUCGAAGCUGUGAUGCCGCUUGAUCAUGGUAGAUUUGAUCUCAUGAGUGAGGAAAGUAGUCCGGUGCAAACUCCUCUUGAAGAGAGGGAACUUCAGUUUGAGAGUGAAGGAAGUAGCGCAGUGCAAACGCCUUUGGAAGGGGAAUUUGAUUUGGAUGGGAGUACAGGUGGGAAUGUAAAUACAGGAGUACCGAAGAAGAGGAGAAGUAAGAGGGGGAAGAAGAAGGGUAAUGGUGGGGGAGGUAUUGGUCAGGCUUGAGGGGCAGGAGAAGUAGGAUCGAAAAGUUUGAGAUGUGGUUAGGGUGGAAAUGUGAGUCGGAUGACUGAUGGAGAAUGAAGAAUGAUUGAUGUUUGAUGGUAAUGAAAAAGUUGGAUAAAUAUUGGGAUUCGCAUGAGUUUUUAAUAAUUUUUGGGGUUUGUUUUUAUAAGUAGCGGGUAUGCAACUGGGCAGGAGUUUUGAUAUAAUGCUCAUAGAGAUACUAUUAAUAGUCCAAUUUAUAUUUUCA